AUGAUUAGUUUACUAUAUAAGUCGAGUUACGUUUUCGUACUGUUUUAUUAUGCAGUCAUUCCGUUGGGUUAUUUAACGAAGUGGUGGGUCACUGUUGAAAAAAUGAAGGGUAACAGCACAAUUUUGGUGACAGGGGGUUCAGGCUACGUAGGUUCUCAUACAAUAGUCGAACUACUAAAAAAUAACUACACAGUGAUAGUGUUAGAUAAUUUAGUUAACAGCUACUCAGACGGAGGUUGCAAGCCGGAAGCUUUGAAAAGGGUGGAAGAAAUAACGGGGGAAACUGUUACGUUUUAUGAUGUAGAUAUCACUGACAGAGCUGCUUUGGAUAAGGUUUUCAAAAAUCACAAAAUUGAUGCUGUUAUGCAUUUCGCUGCCCUUAAGGCUGUCGGAGAGUCGGUUAGAAUCCCCCUAAAAUACUAUCAGAAUAACGUAGGAGGCUCUGCUAUUCUCCUCGAAGUAAUGGCUUGUAAUGGAGUAAAGAACAUGGUAUUUUCCUCAUCCGCUACUGUGUACGGUGACCCACAAUUCUUACCUAUAACCGAAAGCCAUCCCACAGGACAAGGUUGUACUAACCCCUACGGAAAAUCUAAAUAUUUUGUGGAAGAAAUCAUGAAAGACGUGUGUACCGCUGAUCCUGAUUGGAAAGUAAUUUUAUUGAGAUAUUUUAAUCCAGUUGGUGCUCACGAAUCCGGCCUUAUCGGAGAGGAUCCUUCAGGAAUACCCAACAAUUUGAUGCCAUAUAUCGCUCAGGUAGCCGUAGGUCGACGCGACAAACUGCAAGUUUUCGGCUCCGAUUACCCUACUCCUGAUGGCACGGGCGUCAGAGACUAUAUUCACAUCACCGACCUCGCCAUAGGCCAUCUCAAAGCGUUAGAACGCAUGUUCUCGCCGAAUUUCAAGUCUUGGAAAGCCUACAAUCUCGGCACCGGUCACGGUUACUCCGUUUUGGAUAUGGUAAAGGCUUUCUCGGAGGUGGCCGAUAGACCUAUCAAUUACGAAAUGGUAGGUAGGAGAGAGGGUGAUAUAGCUUCUUGCUAUGCCGAUGCCUCUUUAGCCAAGCAAGAGUUGAAUUGGGUGGCCACUAGAGAUAUCAAAGAUAUGUGUAGGGACACUUGGAAUUGGCAAAAGAAGAACCCCAAAGGUUUCAAGAGUUCUUGA